CUCAUCGCACCUCCUGUAUUGCUCCACUGCUCCAUUUACCUCCCUCCCUUCCUCUCUCUUUCUCUGUCGUACAUCCCUCGUGACUUCUCUUUCGCAUAUUGUCCUUUCUUCACAGUCACCUGUCCUCAAACUCCACUCGCCAUCCUCACCCUACAAGAACGACUUCCCCUUGCAUUGCCUCUUAGGCUUUGAUCUCUCCCUUCUAUAUAUUUAUAGAUCGCCCAGAAUUCGAGGGACACAAAUAGCCAAAAGAUGUCCAGCAGGAGAUCCCGAUCGAGGCAGUCCAGCUCGGGAAGGAUCACCGACCAACAGAUCGACGACCUCAUGUCGAAGCUGCAAUCGCUUCUCCAUGAAGCACGACUUGGGAGCCACGACAGGGCUUCAGCAGCGAAGGUGUUGCAGGAUACGUGCAGCUACAUCAGAAGCUUGCAUCGGGAGGUCGACGACUUGAGUGAGAGGCUGUCGGAGUUGCUCGACGCUGCAGGCGUAAGUAGCGAUCAAGCCGCGAUCAUUAGGAGCCUGUUCAUGUGAAACGAUCUAUGCUACAUGCAUAGUUCAUGUACCAUUCACGAGAGUAGCACUCAACUACAUUACUGUUGAGGAACAUGAAAUCGAAACUCAUUUCCGGGAGUUAUCUGAUGCAUCGAACCGUGCUUCAUCUUUCUUGCAUGAACGAUCGUAGUACUCAUCUCGCAAGUUCUAAGCUUCAAUCAUCGGCCACCACUAAAUUGCAAUUGACAGUUUAAGGGCACUUGGUAAGGGAAAUGUUCGCCUUCGAUACACGAGCUGUGCAGAUCGAUCAUGUCAGAAAUUAUUUUCCAAAUAUAUAU